CGUGACAUGGCGAUCAGCUGACUGCCGUUUUCCGGGUUGUCGCUCGGUGUUUACUCUGAAGUCUUCUUCCUCUUCUGCUCAGAUUUCAGCGGCUGGUUCAGUGGGUGGAGCGUGGAGCAGCCAUGAAUGCCUCAGACACUGACGAGGACUCGUACAAUGAGAGGACGGCGUUGGUCCCAUCAGAGAACCCGGCAGUGCCGUCCUACAGUCCUGAUCCUGACCACACACCCCCGAAUGGUUCACCAGCUAAAAGGCCUCAGGUGACCAGGAGGGCGGGUACAAAUGCAGCAGACGGCAGCAGCGGUGGCGGUGGCAGCUCAGAUCAGGAGGUGGAUGUCGAAGACGAGGAGCUGACCCUGAAGUAUGGCGCCAAACAUGUCAUCAUGCUGUUCAUCCCCGUCACGCUCUGCAUGAUUGUGGUCGUCGCCACCAUCAAGUCCGUCAGCUUCUACAGCGAGAAGACCGACCAGCGUCUGAUCUAUACGCCAUUCUCAGAGAACACCUCAUCUGUGGGCCGCCGGCUCCUCAACUCGGUCCUGAACACCAUCAUCAUGAUCAGCGUCAUCGUGGUCAUGACCAUCCUGCUGGUCGUCCUCUACAAGUACCGCUGCUACAAGUUCAUCCAGGGCUGGCUCAUCCUGUCCUCGCUCAUGCUGCUCUUCUGGUUCAGCUUCAUGUACCUCGGUGAGGUGUUUAAGACGUACAACCUGGCGGUGGAUUAUCCCACGGUCGGCAUGAUCAUCUGGAACUUCGGGGCGGUGGGGAUGAUCUGUAUCCACUGGAAAGGCCCCCUCCAGCUGCAGCAGGCCUACCUCAUCCUCAUCAGCGCCCUCAUGGCCCUCGUCUUCAUCAAAUAUCUGCCCGAGUGGUCAGCCUGGGUCAUCCUGGGCGCCAUUUCUGUCUACGACCUGGUGGCCGUCCUCUCUCCUAAAGGUCCUCUGAGGAUGUUGGUGGAGACGGCUCAGGAACGAAACGAGCCCAUCUUCCCCGCCCUCAUCUACUCCUCGGCCAUGAUGUGGACGGUGGGGAUGGCGAGCCCGUUGGACGCUCCGCACUCUGAACAUGAAACUGACGAGGAGGCGGAGCAGAGGAGCCGGGGGGUGGAGCCUGAGAGACGACGGUCCCGGUCGUUUCCUGAAGACGACUUAGAGGAAGACAGAGGCGUGAAGCUCGGUCUGGGUGAUUUCAUCUUCUACAGCGUCCUGGUUGGAAAAGCAGCGGCGACCGGUGGAGACUGGAAUACCACGCUCGCCUGCUUCGUCGCCAUUCUCAUCGGCCUGUGUCUGACUCUGCUGCUGUUGGCCAUCUUUAAGCGAGCAUUGCCGGCGUUGCCGAUCUCCAUCGCCUUCGGCCUCGUCUUCUACUUCUCCACAGACUUCCUGGUUCAGCCGUUCAUGGACAACCUGGCCGCUCACCAGUUCUACAUCUGACACAAGCCCCGCCCUCGCACCUGCUGCCUCCUCCUUCACCUGCAGGACUAAGGACGUUACGCACAAAGACUGUUCUCUGUUCAUGCGCUGAUGUUCUACCUGUCUGUUUGAGGAACACAAUGAAACAUAGGAACUGAUGUAAUGCAGACAGGAAGCCCAGGUGUGUUUGUGCUCACCUGUGGACAGGAACUGUAAAGGAAAGUUCCACCUUAAACCCUCAAACAACUCUGCAUGGAUGUAGGGUCUGUAACAAUACUGACAAUAAGGAAACAUCACAGCUUUGUCUGAUUGGUCGAUGCUCCUGCCAAUCAAAGCAACAACACACCCCAAACAUUCCUGCUUUUAUUUUGAAGAAACUAACUUUGCUUGUCUGCUUAUUUCCUGUUUUUAUUAUGUUCUGCCAGGUUUUGUCCAUAUGUUUAUUAUUUUAUUAUAUUAUACAGCUCAAGAGUGUGUUUACUGCAGUAAAAUCCUUUUUAAUUCCUC